AUCAGUCGCAAAACACCUCCAAACGGCCACAACAAAUAAAACGUGCUCGGCGUUCGGAAUCGAUUUGAAAAUUUUGUAGUUUUUCGUAAAUUUUGGUCACAUCCGGCGGUGAAAACAUCUCGAAAAUGGAGAAAUACGCCGUCCCGAACAAGCUCCCGUCGGAGGAGAUCAGCAUCAUGGCACAGAGGAAGGCGCGCAUCAAGCGGGACUCAAACAAGAUCGUCAGGAAGCCGCUGCCCGAGAAUCGGAAAACGAAGUUCUGCAAACCAGAAUUCUUCAUUGCCGAUUACCGGAAAGCCGAGCGGGACCAGAUGCGCAUCAAGCGGAACUUCAUGAAAACGGGCGUGUCGCUGAAGGAUAAGAAAGUGGAACAUGGUCGGCUGAUUCUGGUGUUCCGGCACCGCGGCAAGUAUAUCGCCAAUAAGGAGGUGAUGCACAUGUUGGCCAAGCUAGGACUGCCCUAUAAGCGUAGAGCGGUUUUGCUAGAGUUGACUGAGGGUGUGGACGCGAUGCUUAAAAUGGUGGAACCGUGGAUCAUCUGGGGCUACCCGAACAUUGCCACGGUCCGGGAGCUGAUCUACAAGUACGGUCUGUUCAAGUCGGAAGAUGGGGCCAAGGGACCGAAAAAGAUUCCGAUUACUUCCAACAAACAGGUUGAGGAUAAAUUCGGUCAUCUGGGAAUCAUUUGCGUAGAGGAUCUUCUUCACGAGCUGCUGACAGUGGGCCCGAACUUCAAAAAAGUUACCGCUAUCCUACAUACGUUCGAGCUACGUUCUCCGGCCGAUGGUUGGAAGACGGCCCGAAAGGGCAAGCUACGAUCCCUAGGAGGAGAGGCCGGAUUCCGGGGCGAGGAAAUCAACGAGUUCUUCAGACGGCUCAUGUAAAGGGUCGCCCUCAGGUUCUUGACGAGCGUGCGUGAGUGCGGAUGUGUGGAAUAGAUGGUUGGCCGAGCGAUUUAGAUCUGUAAGUUUUUCUUUUUUUUCCGAUUUAUAUUCAAAUGAAUAUUUCAUUAAGCAAAUAUUGAUUUUAUUGAUCCUUACAAUACAA